CCAAGCAGAGCAAUCCUUUUCUUACGUUUCAUCUUAUUUCUUCCCAACUCUUCAAGCAAUUCGUUUCUUUCGAUUCUCUUCCUAGGUAUUUUUCUCGGUAAAGUUCUCUAUAUAAUUGCGAAGAAGCUUGAUUCAGCCGUGUCUUUCAUUGUUUUUGUUUUGAGAACAUUCUAAGAAUCAUACAAUGGUGGGACGUAUAGCAGUAGACGCAGAGUACUUGAAGGCGAUAGAGAAGGCUCGUAGAGACCUUCGGCAUCUUAUCUACAGCAAGAGCUGCGCUCCUAUACUUCUUCGCUUGGCGUGGCACGAUGCUGGAACUUAUGAUGCUAAGACCAAAACUGGCGGGCCGAAUGGAUCCAUUAGGCAAGAGAAAGAGUAUUCGCAUUCAGCAAAUAAGGGUUUAAAGAUUGCCAUAGAUUUACUGGAGGGAAUCAAGGCCAAGCAUCCUAAAAUUACAUACGCUGACCUUUAUCAGCUAGCUGGGGUUGUCGCCGUGGAGGUCACUGGAGGACCCACUAUUGACUUUGUUCCUGGCAGAGAGGAUUGUACAGAGUGCAUCGAAGAGGGGCGUCUUCCUGAUGCAAAACAAGGUGUAGCACAUCUAAAGGAUGUCUUUUAUCGGAUGGGUCUAUCUGACAAGGACAUUGUUGCGCUGUCUGGUGGCCACACAUUGGGGAAGGCACAUCCAGAAAGAUCAGAAUUUGAGGGUGCCUGGACAAAGGAUCCUGCAAAAUUCGACAACACAUACUUUGUGGAGCUUCUGAAAGGAAAGUCGGAGGGGCUGUUACAACUUCCGACAGAUAAGGCUUUACUGGAGGUUCCAGAGUUCCGCCGCUAUGUGGAGUUAUAUGCAAAGGAUGAGGAUGCAUUCUUUGCAGAUUAUGCAGCGUCACAGAAGAAACUUUCAGAACUAGGCUUUAAUCCAUAUCCCUUGGGUUCUAAGGGUGCGGCGAAGAACUUUACUGUAUUAGCACAAGCUGCAGUUGGAGUUGCAGCAGGUGCAGCCGCGGUGAUCUUCAGUUACUUUUAUGAAGUUCACAGAAGAGUCAAGUGAAGAAGUUUAAAUUUUAUCAAUAACACAUGUAACACAUAUUGGAAAUUUCAAUGGGUUUCUUGAUUGAAUUUGAUUACUGGCAAGUCCCAUUUGUUCUUGAUUGAACAAAUGGGCCUUUUAUGUGGAAUGAUCAUACAUUUUCUCAUUUCAUUGUGGGCAUCAGCUUUCGUUAGCUGCCCUGAGCUUGGCCCAGACCUCUUUAACUUUCAACUAGACAUUUAAUUCCUUUUUCAA